AGCAGGCCCCAGGGAGAACUCCAAUGGCGUCUGUGUCAGCACACCCACACCGGGCCACAACAAUGGCCGCCACCAAUGUCCCAGUCCCUGGAGAGGUCUCAUCUCUCACUGAGAUGCACUCAGGGCCUAUCAGCAUCAUCGUGCAUCCCCGCAGAGACAUCCUAGUCUCCUGUGGGGAAGAUCGCCUCUGGAAGAUGGUGGGGCUCCCCAAAGGCAACGUGCUUCUCACGGGAUUCGGCCACACAGACUGGCUUUCCACCUGCUGCUUCCAUCCCAGUGGCAACAAGUUGGCUACUUCAAGUGGUGACACUACGGUUAAAUUAUGGGACCUGACCAAAGGCAACUGCAUUUUGACCUUUGAAGGGCACAACCAUGCAGUGUGGUCCUGCACGUGGCACUCCUGUGGUGAUUUUGUGGCUUCUUCCUCACUGGAUACAACUAGUAAAAUCUGGGAUGUCAACAGUGAAAGAUGCAGGUGCACAUUGUAUGGACACACAGAUUCCGUGAACAGCAUUGAGUUUUUUCCUUGCUCCAACACUCUUCUCACGGGUUCUGCAGAUAAGACCCUGUCUGUAUGGGAUGCAAGAACGGGUAAAUGCGAGCAGUCACUUUAUGGUCAUAUGCAUUCUAUCAAUGAUGCCACCUUCAGUCCUAGGGGUCACAUGAUAGCAUCCUGCGAUGCCUGUGGAGUUACAAAACUGUGGGACUUUCGGAAGCUCUUACCAAUCGUGUCCAUUGAUGUAGGUCCAAGUCCUGGUAAUGAGGUGAACUUUGAUUCAUCAGGUCUAUGAUCCAUUUUGAGUUCAUGUUCCAUGGAUGCCAAGACUCAGUCCAUUUCGUCUAGUGCCCUAUCUCUAGUGCCUAACACAAUGCUUGGUAUGUAUUAAAGAGAUAUUUGGUGAAUAAAUAAAUGAACAAGAAAUACACUUAAGAAAACUCUCAAGCACAUCAUGAAAUAUGUUAAAGACCUUGACUGUGAGUCCCUUUAUAAUUAACAAGGACAGAAAACUUUUAGAAAUGAAAAAGGAGCCUACAGAAAAGGCGUCAAGAUUAGAACAAAAGUAUAGCUAUUUUAUUUGCUCUGCCUGUAACACAUAUCAAGCCCAGCUGAAUCUAAAAUUUGGUGCCACAAGAAGAAUGUGACUCUUAGGGAAAUUAAAUGAUUUGCAUGGAAGUGUUUAGAGUCCCUGGUCAAUUGCCAAUAGACUUUAUUUUUGAGAAGAUAUAUUUAAUCAUUUUGAGCAGCCAAUAGAAGACUCAGACAAAUUGCUUCUCCUUUACG